CCGAAAACAAAGCUCUUAUCUGUUCUCUUUCGAAGUUGGUGUUUUAUUGUGUGCCACUAAAACACAAUGUCGUUACAAGAUGGAAAGGUUUACAGACUUCUUGCGCAAGAUGAUAAUAUUGAGUAUGGAUUAUCAGCUAAAGACGUUCAAUCGACGAUAACAGCUGCUUAUCAUGUUGCCUGGGGGAGUAGUAAUAGAGGACGGGAUUCAAAAUACAUCUCAGCGUGUCGAAACUAUAAUGACGCAUUACGAUUAGCACAGAGAAAUCAAUUCUUAAAUGGUCAUAUUGUUAGCAUUGAUACAGAUCAAUUAAAUGUUCUACAUGUAUACGAUCCAAACGUAAGACUGCAGUUAAAUGCAGAACAAAACGAAGCAAAUCCGGAAACUAUGUCGAAUUUCGACUCUUUUGCCAAUGAAAGAAAUGAAGUGCUAAUAGUUGGUCCUGUUCCAGCCAACUGUGUUACGAUUAUAACAAGGAAACAAGAUCUUCCUAAUCGCCAUGGAAAUGUACCGCACCACUAAUUGAAUUGACUUAUUCAUUCACAAGACAUUGAACAGUAAAAAUCAUCUAAAAUGUUUAUUCA